GUAAAGAAUCAAACACCAACUUUUCCCAAACAGCAAUUUUUCUUGCGGUUGGAUUUGCAGUUGCACUGAUAUUUGCUAUCAGUUUUGCAAUCGGCAUAUACAAAAUAAGAGCAAUAACAUUGAGAAAAAGACGGAAAGAAUUGAUGCGCCUGCCAAGUAUUCCGAAAUCAAAAGACUCUCCAUACGAAAUGAAAUUUAUCAAUCCAGAGAGUCCGUAUUCCGAUCCCGACUAUGAAAUAAUAGAGGAACAAGAUGAGGGGUACGAACAUUUGCCCGGACCCAGAGAAAACACUUUAACUCCAACAGUCGAAGCUGGUCUAUAUAUAGAUCCUGACAACAAAGACGGGACAUAUUUAGAUGUAGUGCAUAGCGAAAAAGAACCUAAUGAUUACAUUAACGUUUCUCCUUACAUUGAUUUAAUAGAUGAUACAAUUGACGAUGCUCUGAAAUCAGAGGCUGUGGACAUUUUACAAUCAGAGAAUACUGCUGCAAUAAACUUACCUGAGAAAAUGGAAGUGGAAAAAAAAUAGAGAGUAAUAUUAAUGAGCUAAAAGAGGAUUUUUCCACCAUGAGUGUGAAUAGAUUUUGAAUACUGCAUGAUUGUUUUUUUUUAUUCCGGAUAAAAAAGAUUGGAUGUGAAAAAUUUAAACACAAACUAAGUAUAUAUUCCUUUUUUGUAAAUCUCAGAAGCAAACGUUAC